UCUCUCUCUCUCUCCCCCCAGUGUGCGGCUCUUGCGUGGAGAGCCUGUGAAGCUCCGUCUUGGCUCCGGAGCUCCAAGCGAGAGAUGAGCCGGCGGCGCUGAGGAGCAACUCCUAGACACAGAAGAGAAAGCACAGGCUGAGAGAGGAGUCGAUAAACAGGAGAGGAUAACUUAUCACGGGGGGAGACGACUGAAAGGGAGGCUGUAGCUAUGGCCGAGGCACCUCAGGAGGAGCAGCAGCAGCAGCAGCUGGAGGAAGAGGAGCAGCAGCAGCAGCAGCCGAGCGCUGUGGACACGACGGAACCAGAUGACGGGUCCGAAGAACCGAAGGAGCUCGCCCAGACUCCCCCAACUCGCCCUCUGCUGUCCAUGAGGUCCAUGAGCACCGUGGACCCGGACGAUGACACGCCCAACAUGAUUGUUUACAGAAAGAUUGAAGACAUCAUCACUCGCAUCCAGGACGAGACGGACGGCGUGCCCAUCAGAACCGUCAAAAGUUUCAUGACCAAAAUCCCCAGUGUCGUUACAGGUACAGACAUCGUUCAGUGGCUGAUGAAGAAUCUGGCCAUCGAGGAUCCAGCUGAGGCCAUGCACAUUGGGAGUCUCAUCGCAGCUCAGGGGUACUUCUUCCCUAUCUCAGACCACGUCCUCUCCCUCAAAGACGAUGGCACUUUCUACCGCUUUCAGGCGCCGUACUUCUGGCCGUCCAACUGUUGGGAGCCCGAGAACACAGACUACGCUAUCUACCUGUGCAAGAGGACCAUGCAGAACAAGACGAGGCUGGAGCUGGCAGAUUACGAGGCGGAGAACUUAGCCCGGCUGCAGAGAGCCUUCGCCAGGAAGUGGGAGUUCAUCUACAUGCAGGCUGAGGCUCAGGUCAAGAUCGACAGGAAAAAGGAUAAAACCGAGAGGAAGAUCCUCGACAGCCAGGAGAGAGCCUUCUGGGACGUCCAUAGGCCUGUGCCUGGAUGUGUGAACACGACAGAGAUGGACAUCAGGAAAUGCAGACGCAUGAAGAAUCCUCAGAGAGUUAAGAAGUCAGUGUAUGGGUUGGCAGAGGAGGGGACGCAAUCCCAGAGUCCAGUGCACACUCCCUCACAACACAGCAGAAAAGGCACCAAGGAGGAUGUGGAGAAAGAGAUCGUGUUCCUGAACACCCAGCUAGAUCGCCACUGUAUGAAGAUGUCCAAAGUUGCUGAAAGUCUGAUAACCUACACCGAGCAGUACAUCGAGUACGACCCGUUUGUGACGGCGCCGGAACCAUCCAACCCCUGGACCAGCGACGACCCCUCCCUCUGGGACCUGGAGACCAGUAAGGAGCCCAGUCAGCAGAGGGUGAAGAAGUGGGGCUUCUCUCUGGAGGAGGCCCUGAAGGACCCAGCAGGGCAGGAUCUCUUCCUCAAGUUUCUGGAAUCAGAGUUUAGCUCCGAAAACUUGAGAUUCUGGCUGGCGGUGCAGGACCUGAAGAGGAUGCCCCAGCAGGACGUUUCCCAGAGGGCGCAGGACAUCUGGACGGAGUUUCUAGCCGAGGGAGCGCCGAGCUCCAUCAACCUGGACUCCCACAGCUACGAACGCACCAGCCAGAACCUGAAGGACCCCGGGCGCUACAGCUACGAGGACGCACAGGACCACAUAUACAAGCUGAUGAAAAGUGACAGCUAUUCACGGUUCCUGCGCUCCAACGUGUACCAGGACCUGCUCAUGGCGAGGAAGAAACCUGAAACGGAGCAGGGGCGACGCACCUCCCUGGAGAAGUUCACUCGCAGCGUGGGCAAGUCACUGACGGGCAAGCGGCUGACGGGCCUCAUGCAGUCGUCCUGACCAAGCCUGGACCAAGAGUAGGAGGAACCAUACCCAGAAGAGCCGCUUACCCAACGGGUAGCAGGUGGAAAUGGACCCUGGGGUGCGUGGGUGUGGCUGUUUGCGUGGGAUGGGGAAGGGAGGGAGGGGGGGGGGACGGCUGGUGACGGUGCUAAACGAGCUUUAAGACUGCUGGGCUGGACCGCCACCACGUCCCAAACUCACCUCAGACUUGCAGUCGCAGAGGGUUCGACAGCAUGCAAUAAGUCACCAGACCUGACACCAGGACAGUGCUGUCGCAGCGCAGAGGAUAAACUACUCAAAGGCCUCGCACCGAAACGAGGCCGGGCUCAGUUGGUUCUCUCUUACCUACUAUCUACACUCCUGUUAAUAUGGUAGCUGAAGAGGCUUUAUUUUCAGUGGUAUAAACAUGGAAUGCUUGAAUGCCUUGACCGAUGUCAAAACGAGACUUAGAUUAAUGCCGUAGCUAGCUGUUUUAUCUCAUGUCACUCACUAGGAUGAUAUAAGGGAAAGAGGGGUUUGGGGGGGAGGGGUUUAGUGUAAACACUUGAAUUGAAGGUACAGGUGGAGUAGGACACCAACUUUUUAGUGAAAGAAUAUUUAGAUCAACUUACUAUUGUAUGACACAAGAUAUUAAUCUUUUGUUUUGUUUAACAUCUUUGCGGUUGCAGCUUUUUAAAGAAGUUCUGUAGCUGGUACAGUAGGAAGUCACAUUUAACCACUGGCUACAGCGCGUUUGCUAAAAUGAACUCAAAUCGAAAGAUCUGCUGCUCAGAGUCGUGCAACUAGUGGUCGCAAAACUGAACUUUAAGAUUAUAAUAAUCGUUUAUUCUUUUGCAAAUACAUCAGUGUGUUAGCAGUGUUUUUAAGUUGACUGAAACUCACUGUUCAUAAGCUGCUACCAAGGUGCACGGAGGAGGGCGGCACUCGCAGUAAACAGAACAACUUUCUUAGAUCAGAGAUUUAUUGUGAAGCAGAUCCUUAUUACGCACUGAGAUAAAGUAUCUUAGCCCCAUCUGCAGCUCAGUAAAUGAGUGAUUUCCCGCCCGUUUAUCAGACGCUCUGGACACUCAGAGGUGUAAAUCUUGUCAUGAGCAGGUAAGUUGAUGACUAAACAUUAGGUUUUAUUCCAUCUUCUAAACAUUCCACUUGAGUCACGAUGAGGUGUAGUGGGCUGACUUCUGAUCCAUUCUUCAUCUUGUGUAAAAAAGAUAAUAAUGAUAAUAAUAAUAAACAAAAAAAGAGCAAUGCACAUUAAAGAGAUGGGGUUUGGGCUCUUAUUUCAUCACGUCUGUUUAAUUCCUUCAGGACCUGCAAAGAAAGUUUCCAGAAAAAAAAAAAAGUCUGAAAGCAGUUCCUGAAUCUGACAGGUGCAGCUUUUGCAGCGCCAUACUGCCCUCUAGUGUAUUUUGAACGAAAGAGCAGGUGAAUCUUGGUUGGUUGGACUUAUUAUAGAAGAAAAAAAAAUCUACAAUAGUAACUAAUUUAUUAGCCAUUUGAAAUCAAUCUGGUGGUCGUCAUUAAAUGUGUAGCUAGACUUUAGGAAAUUAGCUGGACUGAUAAGAGCUAACGAUUCACAGGACUUUGAGCCUUUCUCCUUCAUGGAGACAACCAAAGCGCAGUAGCACCACCUAGUGGAGUUUCAGUAUAAAGCAUCAGUGACACUUUUUUUCACUACCUUCUUUUGGGUCUUUGCCUUCGCC